GUUCGCCGUCAGUCCUCCGAGCGCCGCAGCCACGGGAUUGACCCGGCUACAGUUUCUCCGUGAGGCAUUCCGAGGAUUCCUGGCGCGCCGUCCUCUCUACCUGUCCGACAGGUGUAGGCGGCCGGCCCGCCCGACGCGCACGGAGGCAGCGGGCGUGGGAAGGCGACUCUGAGCGGGGGGGGGGCCUCUCAUGGUCAUCCAUGGGUGAGUGUCUGCGGAGAGCUUGUCCAUGUCUGGAAGCGCUGUGGCAGAGGAUUUUCAGCGAGAAAAAGGCUUCCCCUGGAGGAAGGGCAGGACGCGACGGCUGCGGCGACGGCGGCGACGGCGGCGGCGAGGUGAGACCGCCCAGCCCGGAGCCGCAGCCGCAGGAGCAGGUGCCCGAGAGCGGCGCUAUCUACACGGCCGUGUGGCCGUUUGAAGCCCGGCACGAGGACGAGCUGUCGUUCCAGGAGGGGGAUCUGUUCAGUGUCAUCUGCCGCAGCGGGGACUGGUGGACCGCACGGAAGAUCGACAGGAACGGGCGCGUCCUGGACACCGGGAUAGUCCCCAAUAACUACCUGACCAGAGCCGAGUCCCUGAAAAUGCAACCAUGGUACUUUGGGAAAAUGAACCGCUUUGAGGCCCAAAGCCACCUGCAGGGACCAGGAAACGAAGAGGGAGCCUUCCUCAUCCGACACAGUGAGAAAGACGACGUUGGAUACGUUCUCUCAGUGAGGUCGAGCACCCGGGUGAAGCAUUUUAAAAUCCACCAAGCGGAUGAGAGUAAUUAUUACGUGGAGCACAACCACCGCGUCAGCUCUCUGACUGACCUGGUGGAGCACUACAGCACCAAUAGCCUGAACAACACAUGCAGACUGGGAAGCCCCUGCAAGAGGAAAAAGCCCAACACCCCAGACUUGAAUCAUUUUACGGUGGAUGAGUGGGAGCUCCCAAAAGAAGAGUUCACCCUGGAUGAGGAGCUGGGCAGCGGCUACUUCGCUGAUGUCUACCGGGGACGCUGGAAAAACCAUAUUAAUGUCGCCAUCAAGAUCAUCAAAAGUGACUCUGAGAUGAACCACCGUGAGUUUCAGAGGGAAGUUCAGAUCCUAAAGUGUCUCCGGCAUCGUCAUCUCAUCUCUCUGUUCGCCGUCUGCACAGCCUCAGCACCUUACUACAUCAUCACCGAGCUGAUGGAGAAAGGCAGCCUGCUCAACUUCCUCAGAGGUCCAGAGGGGCAGCAUCAAGACACUGCGUCACUCAUUGACAUGGGCGCCCAGGUGGCUGAUGGGAUGUCGUACCUGGAGGAGCAGAACAGCAUCCACAGAGAUUUGGCGGCUCGUAACGUCCUGGUGGGAGGAGACUACAUCUGCAAGGUGGCCGACUUUGGACUGGCCAGAGUGAUCAAGGAGCCGUUCUACAUCACUGAAGAUAAAAAGAUUCCCUACAAGUGGAGCGCUCCCGAGGCCAUCAGCCACGGAAAGUUCUCCAACAAGUCGGAUGUCUGGUCUUUUGGCAUCUUGCUCUAUGAGAUUAUCACCUAUGGAGGCAUUCCUUACCCAGCUUUUAGCAACCAAGACGUGUACCAGCAGGUUACCAAAGGAUACAGGAUGCCGGCUCCGGCCAAGUGCCCCGACUUUUUCUAUCAAGUCAUGCUGAAAUGUUGGAGCGCCGAGCCGGACGACAGGCCACAUUUCAAGUCCCUCAAGGUCCAGCUGGACAGCAGCUCCUAUGAGCUGGAGUGACCGCCCCCUGACUUCCUGCGGCACAUGCUCCACGCCACAGAGGGGCAGCAGAGAGUCCAAUAUUGAGCAGGGGCCGAUUUUUCGCUGAGGACUCUUAAAAAUCCAGAAAGUAAAACAAUAGACAGGCUUUUGUAUAGAAUGACUCAGUGUGUGUGUUGGUAGUGUGCAAUCCUAAAAAGCAUGAU